CUGGUUCCAGGACCUCCUAACCCUAGCGGAGCGUUCCCCAACUGCCCACUCGCGGCCGCACCUGCGCCGGGGCGCCGCACAAACACAAAACCCUACAUCUCGACAUCUCGCAGUCCGGUGGCAGCGACAAGCUAGUCUUGCGGGCGUACGUCGGCGGCUUCACGGUUGACAGCGACUCCGGCCUGCGGGGUGGUCGGGGACGCGUCUGACGACUAGCUAGUGAUUCAUCGAGGGGAAGUUGCGCGAUGACUGCAAAGACCCUGCGGAACAAGGGGGGGACUACUGAUUACACAAAAGGUGUGAGCAGGGAGCAGAGAGCCAUAAACAGAAGGAACAAACUGGAGUCGUCACUAGUUUCAAGUGGGAUUAAGUACCCAAAAUCUUGUUCUGACAAGAGAGCCUGGAAGCGCAUGAAAAAAGAGAGGUUCGAAUGUCGAAAGGCUCGUGAGGCAUUUCGUAAAUUUGAGGAGAAUCAACGUGCUAUUGCUGUGCAACGAUUCGGUGAACCUUUUCGUGAUAGAGAAGUUUCAAACAUUGCUUUUGAGGAGAGGUCAUUUGGUGAAAUAGUCAAACCUGGUCAAAUAACUUAUCCAAUCAGUACUAAUUAUGUUGUGGAUUUGUCUUCCUUGGUCGUCUCGCUCGCUUUGUUUGAUGGAGAUAAGAUGUUAUUUGCAUGCUCGGGCAUACCUUUACCUCACGGAAGAACUAGAGAAAGCCUAACAACAUUUGUGACAUCAGCACAUUUGGUUAGACAAUUCAACGAGAAUAGAAAUAAAGAUGAUAAGUUGAGGGUUGCAGUGCGCCUUCCUAAUAAUAGAACUACCGAUGGGUUCUUAGGACUAUAUGAUAAAGACAUUGCUAUCGUCACAUGCUAUGGCUUCCUAGGAGUCCGUCCUAUAGAUCUGGAUCUUAUGGCAACACCUUCACCUGGUGAUAGUGUGCAAGCUGCUGGGCGUGCCUUCAACUCUGGCAGUUUGAUGGCCAUGCGUGGAUCUCUGUAUGAGAAACGCCACCUUCAAAACCUGGACCACCUCAACACUUGGGGUUCUGAUAGUCAAGAUAUCUCUAAGGCUUUACUUGGAGGGCCACUUCUGGGGUGCGAUAAUAAAAUUCUUGGGAUAAACUUAGAUAUUUGUGACCCUGGUGAUGCAAAUUUGAGAUGCACAUUCCUAUCAAUGGACUUACUUUGCAAACGCUUGAAGCAUUUUCAGAUACUCAAUCCUAAAAAACUACACUUCCGUGGAUAUACGUUGCCUAAACAUGUAUCAAGCGUAGUUCCUUCAGGGUUUAUGCAAACUAUUUGCAGGUUAAAGUCCUGUGGUUAUCCCAUUCCACCACCUCUUGUGCUCGAAUUCAAUGGGCAAUUGCUUAAUCAUUUUGAAGAAUGCUUUGGUGAAUUACUUCCUUGGAAAGGGUAUCCCUAUCAUCAAACACCCCGUGGCUCUGGGGAGCGUGUCUGGAAUCAACUUCCGAAAGAAAUUGUGACAGAUGUAUCCCGUCGUGUUGUCUCACUUGCUUCAUUCAAUGGGUAUGUGAGAUCUUUUGCGUGCACAGGCUUGCUUAUAAAGUGGCAUGGAAGCAAAGCUAAGCACACUGUCAUCCUGACUUCAGCCAGUUUGGUUAGAGGUCGUUGUAAUGAGGAUAGCAUUGAUAAUAGCUUGACAAUUGAGGUGUUUCUCCCACCGAAUCAACGUGCUGGUGGGACAUUGGAAUUUUAUAAUUUAGACUAUAACAUUGCUAUUGUCAGUCUCAAGAAGAAUUUCAGUGCUAUUCAUCCGGACGACAUCUUCAUUGAAAGUGCACAAAACUCAUCUAAAAAGGUUGUAGCUAUAGGGCGUGAUGCUAAAUUUGGUAUAUUAAUGGCCGCAAGUGGUGAAGCGAAGCGUGGAAACAGGGGUUGCAAACUUGAUUGCAAAGAUGUUCAGGUGUCUACUUGUAAAAUCAAGAAGGCUGGGAUUGGAGGCCCGCUUAUUAAUCUUAAUGGGAGUUUUGUUGGCAUGAAUUUCUACGAUGGAAGCGGUGUAACUCCUUUCUUACCAAGGCACAAGAUUGUUGAAGUUCUAAGUGGAGUGAAUUCUUUACCAUCAGAAUGUGGAUAUAACCAUCCUAUACCUGUCAAUGUUGGUGGUGGGACAAAGAAUGGGAUACAGAAAAACAGGUGGCCAGUGCCUGAGCCAUAUUGGUAUCAUGGCUCACUUGAUGUGAACAUUCGUGAUCAUCUAGGCGGCAAGCAUAUUGGGCGGCGUCUUCAGUAGACAUCACACUGCUGGAGUAUCUAAUUGACCUUGUUCUGCUCAUCUAGCUAGUAUCUAACAAACUUUUGGUGCUGUUGCCGUGCUGUUUAUAUCUUACUAGUAUUUGACAGACCUGUCUAGGAUAUAUAUGCAAGGUAGACUUGUGUUAUUGUUGGGUUAUUUAUAUAUGUGACUUCGACUCUUGUAACUUACAAGUUGGUUCAAGGCUCUCAUGGACCUUGUUAUGCUCAUCUAGCUAGUAUCCAACAGACCUUUUGGUGC